CGUCAAUCUGCGUCUGCGCGUCUGCAUACGCUGACGACCUCCCCCUCUUCCUGCCUCUCUUCAUCCUCAAGGCAGUCGUGAGUCGUCUCAGUUGCCAAGGCCAACGGCCAAAGCCCCAAGUCCCUGCUGGAUGCUACUCGUUGCUGUCCACCGCCAUGGAUACACCCUUUAGCUCGGCUAGCGUCGAAGGGACGCCGUUCUCGGCGGCCAACGGGGUUGAGUAGCGGGGACCCAUGGCUAUGGAAAAAGCGCGACACUCGCAACGCUCUUUAAAGAUGAAGGGUUUAGUGAUCCCCUUCUUUGAGCUCAGCAUUCACUCGCCGCCAUGUCUGCGACGAUCACACCCGGGUGCCAGGCCGUCGCCCUUCAGACUGCGGAGACGAUCACGACCGAGGUCAACCGCGCCCUGCCCAUCGUCUUUCUCAUCUGGCUCAGCUUUGGCAUCUGGCUUGGCGAGUGGACCAACGCGUGGGGAGAUGAAUGGCAACUCAUCAAGCGUGGCUUCACUCCAGCGGGCCUAAGCUACUUUCUCGCCCGCUUCGGUGGUGGCUUGGGACUGUUUUCCUUCGCUCUUACAACCAUGGUUGGCGGGACGGGCACGCUCCCAACGAGCUGCCAUGUGACGGACAAAAUCCUGGCCACCUUCUGGCUCAUUUGCGGUGUUGGAGCGCAGGGAACAUUCAUGCUGCGCUGCAUUGCCGUGUGGGAAAAUGACAGACGCAUCAAGCUCUUCCUCUCCGUGCUACUCGCCAUUAUCGCCGGUACGUUCGUCAUCUUCAUCGUCGUCAUCGACGGCCUCAAGACGGAGCUUGGCUUGCUUGUCUGCACCAUCAAGACGCCCAGCCGGCUCGAAGCCAUAGCUACCAUUUCAACAAUGGUCAUCGACGUCAUCGUCAUCGGCCUGACGGCAUACAAGCUGUUGGGCUCGCGCACGCAGAAUGAGGGACGCAUCCGCCACCUCCUCUUCCGUGACGGAGUCAUCUACCUGGCCAUUGUUGUAGCCGUCUCUGCGACCAUCACAGUCAUGCUUCUCACCGACUUGCCGCCUGUCCAGCGUGUGGUCCUCUCCCCCAUCCACAUCGUGUCACUCUCUCUCGCAGCCACACGCGCUCAGAGGGCGUUGCGAGCAGAGGGUAUCAAGCUGGCCAGCAUGAGCAAGGGCAGCGCUACAGGAGCGACAGAAGCACAUCGUCGUCUAUCGAGCCACUCCGACCAGGCGACUACAGCUCUUCCACCGUCAACGCCGCUUACACCUGUCACGCCACGCUUCUACGAUGCAGCAGCGUCGCCGCGCUUCUCCACCAAUACCAAAGAGGGCGAUGCAUCAUGGCAGACAUCACGCCGAGCGGCAAACAAGAUUGUCCUCGAGUCCUUUGCCAUGCAACCACCGCCGCUACCCCCGAAUGCUCGCUAUCAGACUCAUCAUCACCAAGAGCAGCCGCAUCCGCAGCAAUCGCCUCGCUCACCACGUUCCCCGCGCGACCCUUACGGCAUGCAGACGUCGUGGAGCUACGCGCCCGGAGCUACAGAGGAGAUGAGCGAACGCAGGGAGGAUGAAGAGGCGGCGCGUGACACGCGGCCGUGAAUAAUAGAGAAAGCCGCGCUCAUGCCAUCGCUUAUGCAAUGAUAGACUGUACUCAUCAUCGCUCCACGGUCUGCCUGCGCUGGUCUUUGCCCCUGAUCGUUGCCGCCGGCAAUGACCCAUUCGGCGCCGCAUCCGAAUCGCUAACGGUACUGUAACGUCACAUGAUUGAAGCCACCAUUCAUCAGCCGUUUGCCCUGCGCGACUAGCAGCUCGGCAGUCACGCCGCCGUGCCAAUGUUCCGCCGCCGCCGGCGGUCACGGGCCGAUCCUCAGCACCGCGUCGAGGCAGCGGCCUAUCAUGAGACGAUAUCGGGGCGCCGCGAGGGAACUGACGUCCGCUUGUGCGGCCCGCAGCGAUCCACACGAAUCAGCGAGG